AUGACUGAUGUAUUAUCUAUUAUCUCAGAAACUUGGAAAAAUGAACCAGAAUAUGUAAAAACUGAAUAUAAAAGAAUUGCUGAAAAUGCUAAAAUAAGAUUUAAAGAACUUUAUCCUAAUUUGAAAUCU